GGUCAGGAACCGCUGUGGGUGUGCAGCAAGGUGCGCCCCACCCAGGGGCCAGCGGCCGCUGCCGGGGCCUGCGCGCCGGCUAUAUACAGCGAGCGCAGCCAGGGGAGCCCGCGGCGCGCGGCUCUUUGUGUCGGGAGAGGCGGAACCGCGCCGCGCCAGCAGCCCUGCGCCGCGCGGCGGGGAGCGGGGCCGAGCCCCGCCGCCAUGGCCGAGCCCCGGCUGAAGAAGCGCCGGGGCAGCCUGCCCGUGUGCCCGGGCCACCAGCUCGCGGUCGGCAGCCGGGCGAGGCAGAACUUCCCGGCGGCGGUGGAGGAAGGCCUGUGCGGGGUCACCAGCGCCCUGCUGGAGCUCGCCUACCGCCUCCAGGCGCUGGGUGAAGUUUUUGAUCAGUCUGAUGUGGCUCUACCAAACUUUUCAAAGUUUUUCCGGCAGCAGGCUAAAGAAGAGAAGGAAGCUGCAGAGGCCAUGCUGAAAUAUCUUCAAGAGAGAGGAGGCCAUUACUGUACCAAAAUCAUCCAGAGACCAAACUGUGAACAUGUAUCCAAUGUGGUGAAGGCCCUUGAAGUAGCAUUGGUUCAGUGGAAAAAUGUGACAGGAUAUUUUGAAGAGCUUUAUGCCCUGAGCAUUGAGAAUGCAGAUCCUCAUAGUGCAAGCACUAUUAAGAAACAAUUUAUUGAACCCAAGAUCCGGAAGAUCAAGUUGAUGGGAGACCUCCUGACCAAUGCUCACAGGCUUGUGUGUUCCCAAGAUGGCAGAGGCAACCUUGGAGAUUACCUUAUGGAACGGUUACAGGAAGAGCUAAAAAGAGGCAUAGAGACAGAUUCUAGUCACCACUGCACCCCCUGUACACCUCUUCAGCAAUAUAGAGGAACUGCAAAGGGGUUGCAACAGCCCCUAAAAGAAUUCUCCCAGAAGAGAAGCAGCAUAGGGCCAAUGCAUGCAAACCAGUGCUGUCCCUCCUCACAGCCUCUGGGCAAGAAUAUGCCAGGGGCAAAACGGAGGCAAGAGAAGGAAUAGUUGGAGCACUAUGCCCAUUCUGGGCAAUGGAGAAACUGGUAGGCAGCCACGGGGGAGGCUGAUGUAAGUUGUCAGCCCCAGGGAUGCUUUGGCUCCAAAUUGAGUCUCAAAUCCAGGAGACAAAAUGGUGGUUUAAAGCCCCAUGACUCCACCCCCGUGCCCCUUUACACUCUUCCUCCUGGGCUGUGCUUUCUGUGGUGUGCCUCCUCCAAAGUGCAGCACAGAAUCCAAUCUGCAAUAUACCGCCUCCUUGUAGCAUAGUUAUUAAGCCUGCUAGAUGUAGAGAUUGUCAACAUUAAUUUAACCUUUCAGGGUCUCUUAGGCAUAAAUAACAUUUCUUUAUUUGGAAACUACCAGACCUCUAGGUUUCUUUCCUGUCUUAAAUGUUUGGUUGGAUUAUUUAGUGCAAAAGAGAUUUUUUAAGUAUAGAAGGCUUUUUAAACAAAAACCCUUUAUAAUACAGAGUAAUUUCUAUGCUGGAGAAACUAUAGCUGUUUAUAUUAUUAAACAGAUAAGAUAAUUACUAUAUUAUACAGUGCUGCUGGAACUAUUCUUAUAGGGGGGGUGCUGAAGAUGGAAACCAUGUAUUGGGUUGUUAUUACUACUUCAAGUCAAGGGAUGCGGCAGCACCCCUAGUUCCAGAUUAUAUCAAUACAGAUUGUACUAUGUAAUCAUUUAAAAACAUUUUUACUGUCUUUGUAAAUAUUACAUGGAUAUUUUUAAGAGACUUGUUUGGAAAAUGAGGGGGAUUUCCAUUAUAUUUUUCUAACUUUUGUAGCAAUUAUAAUAGAGUAAUUCAAUAAACUGCUUUCUAUCCAAGUUA